AUGACUGCCCUCCCAAAGAUAAGCGCCAGCGUCUUAACUCCGACGUUGCUCGACAAGCUCGUCGAGAAAGAUGAGACCGAUAUCAACAAAGUCAUCCGUGACCUACCUCCAGUCAAGCCCAUCACCCUCCCUUCUCGUCCCAGCGAUGCAUUCGGCACUCUGGCCUUUCUGCCCACCGAAAUACUCAUCGCCACCGCCUCUCACCUCGAUGUCUUGACCUUGACGCGCCUCGCCCAGGCGUCCAUGGCAUGGAAGGACGUGGUUCAAUUCAACCCCGUAUACCGCGACCUGAUAACCCACGUCCCCGAGGUUCUAGCCGCCCUUGCCGCCACGGGCAUGCUGGCCGUACACCCUGCCCCCGCGCUGCAUCAUGCCCUCCGCUCAUGGCGCUGCUCCAGCUGCAACGUCCACUUUGGCGGGUACUUAUUCCUGCCCACGGCCGAGCGCGCCUGCCUCAGCUGCCUGGCCGAGAACCCAGCCCUGCGCGUCUACGACCCUCAGAGCGUGCAGCAGUGCUUCGGCCUGUCCGACUCGCAGUUCGCCCGCCUGCCGCGCCUGCGCGUCAUCCGCGGCAGCUACAAGGUCGGCUCGUACGCCGACGCCCGCGUCGGCAAGUCCAUGGUCGCCGUGGGCGCCGCCAGGAAGCUCUCGACGGGCCAGCUCAAACCCAUCGAGGACUUUGAGUGGGAGGACCCACGCCAGCUAGGGGUCAGCGGCCGCACGGGGUCUUCUGGCCACCACCCGCCGCCCGGCCCGAACCGGAGGCCGCCCGGCGCCCACAUGACCAUGACGCUGCGCACAAUGCGGGACGCGCCCGUCAAGCCGCCCGGCGGCGACCUGACGCUGCGCCCGAGGCCGCGCUACCGCAUCGACGACUACCUCGCCGGCGUCGCGGUCGUGCGCAUGCCGUACCUGGCCGGGCCGCAGCACAGACCCGCCGACCUCGACAGCGGCCGUCUGUGUCGCGGCUGUCUGGUCACGCAGACCCACUACCGUAGCGGCAAGCUCCCCGGCGCCGUGGCGGCUGCCAUGUGGCCGUCGGACCUCGUGGACGGUGGGAAGCGCGCCAUGGAGGCCAUCACGACGCGGUUGUGGACGAGAGAUGGGUUCGCGGAGCACGUGAGGGAGUGCUAUGGCGCGAGGUUGUUGUUGCGGCAGUGGGGGGUCGUUGAGGAAUGA